GAUGCAGUUCUACCGGAAUCCGCUGUCGGAGGUGGUCCGCUUCUUCGAGACUUUUCACCCUGAGAGAUACCUCAUCAUCAAUGCGUGCCCUGAGAUCCCGUACAACGAGGCAGCAUUCCGGACGGGGAUCGUGGAGAGGUUCGAUGUGCAG